AUGGUGCAACGACUGGUGCAAGGCUUUUGUUUCGCAUCUCUCCUGGCUGCAACAGGCGCGGACCAAGUCCCGCAACUGCUUGCAGAAGAUAGCGAAUGCGCAGCGAACGAGGAAUGCGCGCUGAACGCACUGCAACGGCAUGCCCUGCAGAAAAAGGGUCCAGUCGCAACAAUGUACGGUCAAUGCGGUGGUGCAAAGUGGAAGGGGCCGACCACCUGCCCAGAUGGCGGCAAAUGCGUGAUGAACAACGAGUGGUACUCCCAGUGUGAACCAGAGGCGGUAGAAGAAGCUCCAGCACCUUCACCAGGAGCUGUGGAGGCUAAGAUUGAGCAUCACACGCAGCCGCCACCGGCAAAGACAAUGGAUUCACUUCCUGCCCGGCCAAAGCAGCCUGCUCCCAAGACUUACGAGACACUGAAUCCGAUUGUUUCGCGUGGAAACUUCCUCUACGAUUCCGUUACGGGAAGGCGCUUCUUCGCCAAAGGCGUUGCGUACAAUCCAAGAAAUGAGAAGUACGACCAUUCUUUUGGGCCCUCGGUACAUGUCAAUGGCUGGGUGGACAAGUGCGUGCCGGGAGAACCCAAAGGAGGCUACUGGGGUUACACUGCUGACGUCGUCGAAGAUAGCAAGGAGGAGUUCUGGACUGAAGACUUGGAAGCGAUGGCAGCGAUGGGUGCCAACACGAUCCGCCUGUACAAUUUGGACCCUCGCUUGAGCCACGCGAAGUUCAUGAAGAAGGCGGCAUCCCUGGGCAUCUACGCGAUCGUGCCUUUGACGGGAAAGGACUAUGGCUUCCUGCCCGCAUUCCCCGCCCCAGAGUGCUACACGAAGGACAUGGAAGAUUACGGCAAUGUGGGCGUCAAUCUGCUCGGAUUUGCCAAGACUUUGAUGAAGGAGUUUAGCCAGUACAACAAUACCCUCUUGUUCACUGCAGCCAACGAGCUGGCACAGCUGGACAAGAAUGGCUACUCAGCCUUCCCCUGCGUCAAAGCCUUCGUGCGGGACUUGCACAACUAUCAGGACGACUGCUCUGAGAGCAUGCGUAAGGUGCCAUUGAUUUACUCCGAUGUCGACACCGGCGGCGGCAUUGCCCGAAAGGUGGUGGCUGAUUAUUUGACCUGCGCCUUGGAGAGCGACGCUGACGCCGUGGACGCCUAUGGCCUCAACGUCUACUCCUGGUGCGACGAAACGUAUCCUGGGGAUGGAAAGGCCGACAACUUCCAGUAUUCUCCGUACAAGGAUAUCAAGCAGGAUUUCGAGGACUUCUCCGUGCCAUUCAUUUUCAGCGAGUUUGGCUGCAACUUGGGCAAGUUCAAGACGAAAUGCCCAUACCCAGGCGGGCGAACUUGGCCAGAUGUGAAGCAUUUCCUCGGCGAGGACAUGGGGGAGUUCAUGAGCGGCGCUGUUGCGUUCCAGUGGUCCAUGGACAAGGAGGAGUAUGGCCUCACACUGUCGCCAGGCUUCCUUGCCGGGCAGGACAAGCUUUAUCUCUUGGACAACUACUUCAAUUUGCAGAAGGCGUACACAAGCAACCACGUUAACAGCACAUGGGAUGCCCCAGCUGCGGAGGCAGGAGCGCGGCAGGAACUUGUGGGAUAG